UCUCUCACGUCCCUCCUUCUCCCUCCCCUCCAGCCAAGCCCACCGUCACCAUCUCCCCCACCAAGAUGGACCCUGGUUCCCCCAACACCAUCCUCCUCUGCACCAUGACGGGCUUUUACCCCCUGGAGAUCGACAUCCAGUGGCUGAAGAAUGGGUGGCCGGAGAAGGAGGGCGUCGCCUUCGGGGAGGAGCUCCAGAACGGAGACUGGACCUACCAGCUCCAGGUGAUGCUGGAGACCCAGCCCCAGCGUGGGGACGUCUACGCUUGCAAGGUGGAGCACGCCAGCCUGGAGGCCCCCGUCACUGUCCAGUGGGAGCCACGUUCCUCCAACGCCGCCAAGAGCAAACUCUGGACGGGGGCCGUGGGGGCCGUGCUGGGGGUGGUCUUCCUGGCCAUGGGGCUCUCCCUGUACCUGAAGAACAAGAAAGGGAUCCGGGACAGCAUCCCCACCAGCAGCAGCAGGGAGACCCCAGCAGAGCCCAUGGAUGCUGCCCCACAAGCAAACCCCAAGAGAGAGGUGAAAGAUGCAGAUGCUUCCAGCCCCAGAGGCGGAAUCCGUUACCCAGCCUGCAUCAGCAAUUAA